AUGUCAAGUAUUGCUGAAGAAAACUGUAAUAUGUCGGAAGCCGAAAUUUGCUCGCCGUCCGCAGAGCAACUGUUAAUGCAUAAAGUUUUCGCCGACUUGAGAAACUGGUCGGCAGACUUCGUCAAGUUAGAAUGUCACGGUGAUUUCGCCGGGCUGAAGAUUAUGAGGCAAUGGAGAUCAAUGCCAAACAUAUCGUCGGGAUGUCGCGUUGAUGUCGUAUCGGUGCAGGCCAGUUGUAUCCAUCAUGAUAAAUCGACGCAAACCGAGACGGUCUUGAGUGACUUAGAAAUAAUUCAAAAUACGGUUCCACAACAUCAUCCUAUAACAGCAAUGGAGGAAUUGGCCCCCGAAUCAGUGAAUAAACGCAAUCGCCCAUCUAGGUGGAAACGGACAAAGCGUUUCUUUGUCCGCUUGUUCACUCGCUAA